CACAGUAGUUCAUUGGGCAUCAACCUAUGAUGACAUAUCAGGCCCGCCGCCAUGUCAUAAUGGUCGGAUGAACUAUCACAGGUGAGUUUGUAAGAAAUAAAUUAUUGCUAUGUUGCUGUUUUCAGGAGAAGACCUCAAAGCCCAUGUGUCAGAUACCCUCGCAACCAGAGAAGCAAACUCGUCCACUGAAAGGGAAGCCUCCUCAGAUCAUGAUAGAAACAAAGCCGUCAGUGAGCAGCAGAUUGCCUGCCAUGACAAAGCUUCCGUUCCUACCUGGGGUCGCCUUUAAAUUUUAUAGAGCCACCCUGGGUAAAAAGUUGUAUCAGCCUACAUCUGAUUUCAACCUCAGUGACCCAAACUGUCACAUUAUGAGGCCGACGUACAACAGUUUGCAUGACCCAAACCUCAAUAAAUACUACCAUCAGAAGGAAAUGCAUGAGAAGUUAAAGAAGCGAAACUUCAUCACUAAAGAGGACAAUGUUGUAUGCUCAUUAAAGGAGUAUAACACAUACAAACAUUACCUGGAUAUGGUCAAGACUGACCAUCAUAAAACUUACAGCAAAAAGUUGAAGGAACAGAUACUGAGAAUGGUUCAGUUGCAAGAGGAAGGCCAUAUACCUAAGGAUGUUACCCUGGAAGAUAUGAUAGAGUACUUACUGAAUAAAGGAGCACAGAACCUGAAGCAUCUGCAGUCAACCAUUGGUUCCAGGGACAGGGGACAGAAAUAUGGCCUGCAAACUGCGUUGUAUGACCAAGAGAGAGAGUUUAAAGAGGAUUGGGUUUCUAUGGAGCGAUCCAGGCUGAAACUCAUUGAAAAGGAUGUGAGGCACGAUGUGAACAAGGCCAAGUAUAUGAAAGAGGCCAAAGAAAAUCGCAUCAGAAAGAAAAUGUGCAUUAUGGAACAAAAACAGGCUAUUCGGUUGAGGAUAAUGGAAGAGGAAUUGAAAAACCUCCAGGAGUUUGAGAGGUUGAGAGAGGCCUCUAUCAAACCAAAUAAGCUGCUGGAAGAAAUAUUUGAAAAACCAGCAUCUGCUCAGCCUGCUCUCAAACCUGCUCACUCCAAAACUGUAAAGAAAACAGUUUCUCUGUCAGGGAAAUCUAAGGAAAAGCCAGCCAUGCUACAGAGGAGACCAGGCCUUGCACCACUCCAGAGGAGACCAUGCCUGGAUGGUCUGGCACCGCUGAAGGGUUUCCAAGAACCUGUUUUGAGGAUCUUCAAAGCCAUCGAGGGACAAAGCAUCCCAGACAGAGCUCAGCUGAAAUCUGUCAUCCUCGACCACUUGGGCUCCAAGCUUGUCAGGAAGCAGCUGGCGGAGUCAAUCAGGGAUGAGGUCAAACUAACAAUUCCAGGGUCUACACCAGCGACACAAAGGGCUCUGAGUGCCAGAAUCGCUUACGAUGUGUUGAAGUGCGUCUCUCGAGCGGCCAAUCCUAGCAAUGAACCUUCCUGCAGACUCCGUGGGGGAAACACAAUCAAACUCAAUGCUCAAGCAGAUGAUCCAGAACCAGAGGAGUGGAUGGCCAACGGAGAAGACAUAAACACCUAUGUGACAACGUUGAUCACUGACGUUCUGGAGGAAGUCCAGGAGCAGGUUAUCGUAAUGAUCCGAGAAGACUCCCCUACCCAAUUCAGAGUUGUCUCUGCAAAGGCCAGCCAAACAGCCAUUGAUGUGGUAAGCAAUGUUUUGGAAGACAUUAGACACUUAUUAAAUGAGGAAAACAUUGAAGAGCUUGCACUAGACUGUGAUGCUGAAGAAGGCACCUCAAGCAUAUCAAACAGUCAGCCACCUGCAUUAAAAAAGGCAGACCCCGAGAACCGCCCAGAUUCCUGUUCAAAACUAGAAGGUGUCGCCUGUGACCUUAUUAGUACUGCAUAUGACAGCCUCCUAUUUGAGCUGGCUUUUCCUGAGCUUCAGGUUGAAAGAGAUGAACAACCAAGCAACUCAAGGGCUAUCAGAAGUGACAUACAAAUCUCUUUUGAAGAAAAAGCUCCUUCCCUGACUCUGGAAAUACUUCCCUCAGAGCCAGUGAACUCAUCUUUAUCCAACUCUCCCAGUUAUGGAAUGAUGUUUUCAUCUGACACUUCAGAGGUUGCAGAAAACAGUAAGACAAGCAGCUCAGUGGCCUCCGCAGCUGCAUUAACCUCGCCCCAGGAGACGGAUACCACAACCACUGUAGAAUGCAAAGAAGAAAGAGUAGAGAAUGGUAACACCAGUGAAACAGACAACACCCUUCCUGUCCCCUCAGUCAGUACUGAAGAAGUUGUUUCAAAGCCUACUCUCUUGCACAAGGUGAAGAAAGAAAAUGCAGCCACCAGAAGCGCUUCUCUUCCCAACCUGUAUGGACUUGUUGUGGAUGCAGUUAUGGACCACUUCAGCACAGAACCCUUCAAAGACAGUCUGGCCCAAUCAGUGAAGAAUGAGGUGAGACGCACCCUUUCUAUGCCUGACUGUGGAUUGUUGAACACUCAAAUGGAUAAUUACUUUGAGAGGAAAAUGCUAGAGGAUAUGCUGAAGGAAGUAUCCCGACAGUGCGGAGAAACAAGCUCUAGCACCAUGGCGGAAGAGGCUACAGAUGAAGAAGAGAUCUACAGACUAGAAUCUGCUGCAGCACAACUGAUACAGAAAGUUUUCCAGGAGGUCAAGACACAUUUUGUUGUCAAGAUCAAGAAGGGUUCUCCCAAGAGAUGUCUAUCCCCAAAAGUAAGCCGAACAGCCAUCAAUGCUGUGAGCAGUCUUCUGGGUGACAUGGAGACAACUGUGAUGGCCAGUGUUCCAUGUUCUUGUACUACUUCCAGAGCAGAUAUGGAAGGAAUGCUCUCUGAGGCAACAGGCGAGCACCCAGCGAAAUCAAUGGCCUCUGCAAAAGUUGAGUUGAUCGCUGAUGAUUUAGUGGAAGAUGCCAUCGAUAUGUGCAGUGAAAUGAUUUUAGACGACCAGCCACUAGCUCUACUACAUGACGAUCCUGAAGAAGGUCCAUCACAUGUUGUUGUUCCUGGACCAAUUCAGAGCAGCCUGUCUGGAUGUGAUGAAUGCCACACAAAAUCACAGGUCCCUGCAGUAAAGAUUGAAGACCAUGAGGUAAAGCCAAUUUUGAUUCAAGACACAGCGCUCAUAUCUCCAGGUGAGAAGAAUACGGAUGAAAAAAGAGUCAUUAGAGUAAGUUAUGUCUUUGACUCAUCCCCUAGAAGGAAAGCUCACAAGGCCACCAGAAGCACCUCUUUCCCUAACCUCUAUGUCACCCUUGUGGAUGGAGUUCUGGACCAAAUUAGCACAGAACCUUUCAAAGAAAUACUGGCCCAAUCUGUGAGGAAUGAGGUAAGACGUUCUGUCUCUUUGCCUCAAUUUGGAUUGGUGAACCUCAAAAGCGAGGACUGCGCGGAGAAAGAAAUGAUUGAGGAUAUGUUGAAAAGUGUAUCCAGAAAACUCAGUAAAGACCAGGCCUGUCAGCUGACCGGGAAAGCCAGUGAGACCAUGAAUGCCAAUGUAGAUGCCAUUUCACUUACCCCCAAACUACAGUCUACUGCCAAAGACCUAAUCAUCAAAGUCCUGGAGCAGGUCAAGACUAUAAUAAUCAAUAUGAUUAGACAAGAUUCUCCCAACAGGGCGAUUUCCUCCAAGGCAAGCCAGACUGCCAUCAAUGCUGUCAGCGACAUUUUGGGUGCUAUGGGAACCUCUCUCAUGGCAAGCAACACACCAUUUGUUCCUGAUGUGGCUGGACUCCAGCCUGACCUAGAUGAUGUAGCAUCUUACUCAACUGAAGCUUUUGAGGCAUAUCCAGGGAUCUGGAUGUCAUCCCAGAAGAUAAAAUAUAUUGCCUCCGGCCUCAUGGACACUGUCUGUGAUGACAUACUGGAUGAGGAUGGUUUCCUCAGACGGAGCGCUGGUGCAAUAUCCUCACAGGAAGACCUUGAUCUUCAGAAGGUCAUUACUUCAAAACCAGCAUCCCCAGUCAAUUGCAUGCCUGUCAAAAGAUGCCUGUCAAUGUCCUACCUUGAUGCUUUGAAGAAUCCUGAAGACACUGAAAAUGCUACUCACCUCAGUAGAAGCCUUGACUCUCUCGCCGUAAUUGAUAUGCCUACUUCAACCUCAAAGGAAGUUUCAUACGGCACAGAAUUGAAACUGUCACAGUUGCAAAAGGAUGUCUCUGCAUCAUCCUCACUUUAUGCCAUGAGCAACUGUUGGAGCUCAUUGGAGUUUACCUCCAGUGGAUCUGAUAUCCCUAUCGACGAAGAGGCCCAAAGGAUUUCCUACACAGACGAAGAAGACAGUCUGUCCAAAUCCCUCCUGACCUCUUCCAAAUCAGUCUUCAAUGUCUCUGGCCUCGUCCCUACUCCUCCAGAGGGAAAGCCAAAGGUGAGGCUGCCAUGGCGCCCAGUGCUUCGCCGUAGAAAGGUUCCAGAGCAGCCCCCCAACAAGAUGCACAUUUACACAGUUCACAGGGAUGCUUUUCAUUUCCCAACUGAGACCAUGCAAUCGACCAGUCCAUCAUCACCCGAGGGAGACUUCUCAACUCCAGAGUCCCAGAGGCCAAGAGCGGUGGACAGCUCAGACAAGGAGUCUAUCUUUAAUAUAGACUCAUCCAAAAGACUUGUCGCAGAGAUAAUGCUGUCUGUUCGGGAGGACGUUGUUGAGGCAAAGCAGAGCGAAUUGGCCGCAAAUCUGGCUGCGCUGUCAAUUGACAAUGAGAUGCUCAACCCUUUGGCUCAGAGUGGGACACCCCGCACCGAUUCCUGAACUGCCUCCAACACCACUCCUCACAGAGAGUGAUAACUGAAGAAAGAUUCACAUGUUUACUUGGACAUACAUGAUAGAAGCAUUUGCUUACAUUAUUUUGAAUCACAUUAAGCUAUUAAAGAAUGCAUUUAUUUUCUAAAAAAGACAAAAGCAUUUAUUUACACUGUGUAGUUUUUCUUAGAUGUUAGUGUUAAGUUAGGAAUAUUAAAUUGAAAGUUAGGAGAGAGUAAUUAUAUAUCUUUUCACUGAAUGGUGACAUUGUUGAAACAGUCUCACAAUUUGACAAUAAAAUAUUAAUACACUUUUUUUAAAACAAUUUUACAAUUUAUGGUUCUAAAGGGAGGAGAGGACAAAGCUGGAUGAAUUUAGGAGUCACAAGCGCCCCAGUAAUCCUUAUUAACUUUACAUUCCUGACAUUUUUCCUGCCUGUAAGCAGUCUCUCUUGACAGCAUUGUAUGACCUAUUGUUCUGUUGACACAGAAACGCUUCACUAAUCAGUACAACUUACUCUGCAUUCCAGUUAUUAUACCUCAGAUUGUUGAAUUUAUGCAUCAAGAGUGUUGAAGUAUUUUAUUAACUGUUUAUUCUGGCAAGAUUUGAUCAUUAUUGC